CAGGACGCCUUGGCGUUUCCUGCCUUGACAACAACAUUGUGUUAGCCGAGGUCACUCUGCUUUUAGCCUUUUAGCCUGCUGCCAAGUGCCAAGAACCAGAGUCCAGAGAUCCAAAAGGUCAUCCGAGCAGCAGCAGGCAGAGUCAUCCGUCGUCUGCCAUGGACUGGUCCUCAGGGCUCCUUCUGAUCAUCUCAUGCCUUCCGGCGGCCGCGUGGGUGCUCGCCGCCGCAGCGCGGAGUCCCGGCUGCCCAACGAUGGCGAGGUGCGGCGCCAUCGACGUCCCGUACCCGUUCAGCUUGGACCCGCAGUGCGCGAUCCACGCCGGCUUUUGGCUCAACUGCAGCACCGCCGCGGAUGGCGCCACCACGCUGCUCGACAAGAACUCGGAGGUGACCAAGAUCUCCGUGGAGGAUGGCAAGGCCUGGUUCAAGACUCCGAUCUCUCGGCAGUGCUACGACUCAACCUCGGGUGACAUGUUCUACAACAACGCGUGGGUCAACUAUACCACCGAGCCCUACGUUCUGUCGGCGGACGACAACAAGAUCAUCGUCCUCGGCUGCAAUAGUAUGGCCUACAUGCUGAGCGACUCUUACAUAAUCGGCUGCAAGUCGACAUGCGACGACACACCCAAGAACGGCUCAUGCUCCGGCACCGCUGGCUGCUGCCAGGCGGAACUUCCGAGAGGCGUCCAGUAUUACCAAGGCUUCUUCAACGAGCGAUAUAACACCACCCAGAUAUGGAGGAAGACCCCCUGCAACUAUAUCACCGUGAUGGAGAGCGCGGCCUUCAACUUCAGCACCACCUACCUCACCUCGACGGCGUUCUACGACUCCGACGACUCGAGGACGCCUGUGGUGAUGGAGUGGGCGAUUGCACGGCAGACGUGUGAAGAAGCCAGAGCUAACGAGACUGCAUAUGCGUGUGUUAGCGACCAUAGCGACUGUGUCUAUAGUGAUGCCGCCGGCUACCGCUGCAGGUGCUCCAGCGGAUUCAAAGGCAACCCAUACGUCGUAGAUGGAUGCACAGAUAUUAACGAGUGCUUGGACAACGCUACUUACCCCUGCGCUGGAAUAUGCGAAAAUACAAUCGGGAAUUUCACAUGUUCAUGCCCACGAGGAAGAGACAUGAUCAAUGGCGUUUGCGUCAAAAGUCAGAGGUCAACUUGGAUGCUGCCAGUUGUUGGUGCAAGUGUUGGACUCGUGACUCUCGUGAUCGGAAUUACUUGUGCAUACCUGGUCCGAGAACGGCGAAAGCUGCAUCGCAUCAAGCAGAGGUAUUUCCGACGACACGGCGGUCUGCUUCUAUUCGAGGAGAUGAAGUCACAGCACUACCAGGGCGCCGCGUUCACCAUCUUCUCCGAAGAAGAACUGCAGCAAGCCACCAACAAUUUCGACGGGCAGCGAGUGCUCGGCCACGGAGGCCACGGGACCGUCUACAAGGGAGUCCUGAAGAGCGGCGACACCGAGAUCGCCGUGAAGCGGUGCAUGACGAUCGACGAGCAGCAUAAGAAGGAGUUCGGCAAGGAGAUGCUCAUCCUGUCCCAGAUAAACCACAGGAACAUCGUCAAGCUCCUCGGCUGCUGCCUCGAGGUCGAGGUCCCCAUGCUCGUCUACGAGUUCAUCCCGAACGGCACGCUGUUCGAUCUCAUCCACGGCGACCACAGCAGGCAGCAGCACGUCUCGCUGGACACUCGCCUGAGGAUCGCCUACGAGUCCGCCGAGGCGUUGGCCUACCUCCAUUCCUGCGCGUCGCCGCCGAUCCUCCACGGCGACGUCAAGUCAACCAACAUCCUUCUAGACGGUGACUACACGGCCAAAGUCUCCGAUUUUGGCGCGUCCAUCCUGGCGCCAAAUGACAAGUCACAGUUUGUCACGGUUGUCCAAGGGACGUGCGGAUACCUUGAUCCGGAGUACAUGCAGACAUACGAGUUGACGGACAAGAGCGACGUGUACAGCUUUGGAGUUGUUCUUCUAGAGUUGCUCACGGGCAAGAAAGCGUUCAACCUCGAAGGACCUGAGAAUGACAGGAGUCUGUCGAUGAGGUUUCUGUAUGCGAUGAAGGAAAACAAGCUUGAGGAUAUCGUGGAUGAUCAGAUCAAGAAUAGUGAGAAUCUCGAGUAUCUCGAGGAGAUUGCAGAGUUAGCGAGGCAGUGCUUAGAGAUGAGUGGUGUGAAUAGGCCAACGAUGAAGGAAGUUGCGGAUAAGCUUGAUAGGUUGAGGAAGAUCAUGCAACAUCCAUGGGCACAUGAGAAUCCUGAAGAAUUGGACAAGUUGCUUGGAGAGCCGUCUACAGUCAACUCGCCUGCUACUACUGGAAAUUUCAGCAUCACAAAGAGAGCUGCCAUGGGCUUGGAAUCAGGGCGUUAGCGUUAGCCACUGUAAAUAAUGUUACAUUUUAUCAUUACAAUAUUGCAUAUAACAGAUAACAUUUCAUUGCAUCGUUCCAUAUAACAGAUAGAUACUGCACAUUUUCUUUGUUGUGCAAUGAUUUUUUUUAUGAGAAUUGUACAAUGAUUUUGUAUGGUUUAUGUCAUUCUACUUUUAUAAUUAUUACCAACAUUGGUGCAAUUUGCAUGUCCAGAUAACUGGACUAACACAAAGUAUAUUAAUCAGACAAACAAUUCCUAUUGAUGACAGUGGAACCGCGAGUGGGAGGCAGCGCAUGUGUCACUGUGCCGGCCUGCAGGUUGCUGCAGUGUUGUUGCUUGUUGGCGCUGCUAGUUUGCCAGGUUGCUGAAGCUGUCAUCAUGUCGAUGUCGCCGCACCUUGCCAUCGUUGGGCCGCCAGGACUCGGCGCCGCGGCGGCCGGCGGCGAACACACAAGCGGCUGGAAGGCAUGAGAUCAGAAGGAGCCGUGAGGACCAGUCCAUGGCAGACGGAUGUCCUUUCGAUCUGGUUGUUGGCACUUGGCAGC